AUGAUUGAACCUCAGCUGAGAAGUGAACAGACAAGUAAUUGGAUUGAGGUGACCAUGCAGAUUGAUAGCGGAUCAGAGGCUAAUUGUUUGAGAAUGGAAGAUUUUGUAAAGAUUCAAAACCGACCAGAUUUGAAGAAAACUCGUGCCAUUUUGAAAGUGUACAAUGAAGAACGUGUGUUUCCCAAAGGUGAAGUCUAUCUUGACAUCCAGAUUGGUGGAAAAAUAACCAGAACAAAAUUCUUAGUGAUUGAUGAUGCUCCAAGUUCACCGUUCUCAGGAAAAACAUAUGAGGAGUUCGAACUCCUGUCUAUUAAAAGAGAAUUACUCGUCGACUCAGUUUCUGACGUGGAAAGGUUGACCAAGGAUGCUAUUUUACGAGAACACAACGAUGUAUUCACUAGGCUGAGGUACAUUGGAAACUACAAGACUGAACUGACAGAAGGAGCAGUACCGAAGCGAGAUGCACCUAGAACCGUAUCCGUCGCACUGAGAGACGAUCUCAAGAAGAAACUUCAUGAAAUAGAGCAGAAAGGCCACAUAGCGAAAGUUGAAGAACCAACAGACUGGAUGAGCAGUGCAGUAUAUGUGAAGAAUCGCAAUGGCCAACUACAUGUUUGCCUGGAUCCCAGAGAAUUGAACAAGCAUGUCAAAAUACCAAAGCUCUGCCUUCCAACUAUCGAUGAUGUGACCUCCAAGCUUGCUAAAGCGCAAAUGUUUACAGUCCUGGACGCUAAAGAUGGGUUUCUGCGAGUGAAGCUAGACAAGGACUCUAGCAAAUUAACAACAUUUCACACUCCUUUUGGUAGACACAAGUGGCGUAGGAUGCCCUUCGGCAUAUGUAGUGCAUCAGAAGAAUUUCAGAGACAUGUAAAUGAGGUCAUUGAGGGCCUAGAAGGAGUUGCUGCUAUAGCUGAUGACCUGUUAGUAACUGGAGCAGGAAACACCCAUCUAGAAGCCUUAGCAGACCAUGACAGAAAUCUGAUUGCGUUGCUACAAAGAUUCAGGGAGCGAAACUUCAAACUGAACAAGGACAAGUUCGUCUUCAAACAAACAGAAGUCGAAGUACUGUGGUCAUAUCUUGACUUCUGA